AUGCUAUCCCGAUUUCCUUGAUAACAUUAUUUCCUUAAAUCCCAUCACGUUGCCGCGUAUUUACACACCGCCCAUUUUCUGACAAUGGCCACUUUUAGGAAGUGACCUGCCUUGAUCUGCUAUCCCCGCAGUGAUGGAGAUGAACCAAAACAUCACAGACGAUGUUGUUAAGUGCGCCACGGACAGGGCCGCCGAUCCUGGGAUUUUCCCAGCUUGCAAGGCCGGGAAGAGCGAGUAUACGGCAUCGGAACGCAGCAGCAGGGGCGGCGUGGACUUCCCGGUGUCUGUAGUUCUUCCAGCCGGCGGUACCGGGGAGAGAACCGGGCUACGUACACCCAAACAGUUCUGCACGUUUCUGGGCAGGCCGCUAAUAAGCUACACUAUCCAUGCUUUUGAGAGGGUGUCAUGGAUCCAGAGAAUCAUGGUCGUGGUUGCCAAAGAAAACACAGAGCUGAUGACAGACAUCAUCCAGCGCUACCAACACACAAAGGUUCAAACUGUGCCAGGUGGUUCCACUCGUCACAGGUCCAUAUGCAAUGGGGUUCUGGCUCUGGGGGAGGAUGGGGAGGACAAGAGGCCUGAGGUCGUCAUCAUCCACGAUGCAGUGCGGCCUUUUGUGGAGGAGGACUUCUUGUACAAGAUAGUCAUGACUGCCAAAGAACAAGGGGCAGUGGGCGCGAUCCGGCCUCUGGUGUCCACAGUUAUAGCCACCACUUCAGAGGGCUACCUGGAUCAUACUCUGGAACGAGCCAAAUACAGAGCCAGUGAGAUGCCACAAGGGUUCACUUAUGACAUCAUCUAUCAAGCCUAUAAAAGGUGCAGCGAAUCAGACUUGGAAUUUGGCACAGAGUGUCUCCAUCUAGCCCUGCAGUACUGUGGCACCAAUGCCAAGCUCAUUGAGGGUCCACCAACACUGUGGAAGGUAACCUAUAAACGGGAUUUGGCUGCUGCAGAGUUCAUUAUCAAAGAGACUCUAUCGCAGUCAGCCUGCGUCAUCACUGGCCCAUCUCUUCAUGCAGUGACACUGGCAGGUGCUCUUUGGAAGGCUUUUGGCACUUUCGGCAUGGAGUUGGACGUCGUCCCAGACCUAUUGGGAAACAACAGCAACUUUCUGCUAAAGGAGAACAACUUCAUCCAGCUUUCCGUUAACAGCUCCCUGUCUGAAGUUGAGGCCAUACUCUGGGCUUUGGAAUCGAGUCGAGUGCUGCUUAACUCAGUGGUUGUUAUUUGGGUGCAUUUGAGAGGUUUGGACGGGCUGGCCAUCAGCGGGACGAUGACGGAGCCAGCACCGCUCAUCAUGGAACUGGCCUCAGCAGCCAAGCCCAGAAAUGUUCUCCUCUUUGGCAUCCAGCUUCAUCAACCAAAUGACUUAGAGCAGUGGGAGAGGUCGGCGUUAAGGGUCGCUGAGAUCACAUCGGCCCUGAUCCGGGAGAGGAAUCCUGCCCUGGUGGGACAGCUUCUGCAGGCAUGAGAGGAAGCAGCACCAAUAAAAAAAAAGAAACAGUCCCUGCACCUUGACUCCAGAGACCUGCUGGAAAACAGAGUUUUUUCCUCCUCAAGUUUCCAGCUUUUUAUCAAUAAUAGCAAGAACAUGGAGCUGCCCAGUGGUUUUAUAAAAAACUGCUAACAGAUACAGUAUGUAACAUAAGUGGAAGA